CCCGGGCGCUCGCUCCGCCCCACGUCGGGGGCGACCAACCAGCCCGGCCUCGCCAGGCGCCGCGCGGAGCCCUCGGAGCCCGGCCUGUCCCGGCCGCCGCGAUGCAGCGCCAGAGCCUGACCCCGCACGUGCACUGGGCGCAGCGGCACCGCGAGCUCUACCUGCGGGUGGAGCUGAGCGACGUGCAGAGCCCCGAGAUCACCAUUAUGGACGACGUGCUUCAUUUCAAAGCCCAGGGUCAUGGUGCCAAGGGGGACAAUGUAUAUGAAUUUCAGCUUGCAUUUCUAGAACCAGUCAAGCCCCAACUGGAGUACAAAGUGACUCAGAGGCAGUUGAACAUCAGCGUGCAGAAAAAAGAAAGCAACUGGUGGAAAAGACUCACCAAACAGGAGAGGCGCCCGAUGUUCCUAGCCCCUGAUUUUGAUCGCUGGCUAGAUGAGUCGGAUGCUGAAAUGGAACUGAAAGCAAAGGAAGAAGAAGAAAGGAUUAACAAAAUCAGAAUUGAAUCCAGAGUCCCUAAAGACCCUUUCAGACAGCUGAAGAGAGGAUAUUUGUUCAUGUAUAAUCUUGUGCAGUUUUUGGGGUUCUCCUGGAUUUUUGUGAAUAUGACAGUUCGCCUGUUUAUCUUAGGAAAAGAUUCCUUCUACGAUACAUUUCACACCAUUGCUGACAUGAUGUAUUUCUGUCAGAUGCUUGCAUUUAUAGAGAUCCUGAAUUCACUAGUAGGAAUCGUCAGGUCACCAUUUAUACCUUCUUUUCUCCAGGUACUUGGAAGAAAUUUUGUCUUGUUUAUUGUCCUCGGAAAUGUGGAGGAAAUGCAAAGCAAAGCGGUGGUGUUCUUUGUAUUUUACUGCUGGAGUAUUACUGAGUUAUUCAGGUAUCCAUUCUACAUGCUUUCCUGCAUUGAUAUAGAAUGGAAAUUACUAACUUGGAUCCGAUACACCAUCUGGAUUCCUCUCUAUCCUUUAGGCACCUUGGCAGAAGCUGUGUGUCUGAUUCAGGCCAUUCCAUUCUUCAGUGAAACAGGGAAGUUUAGUUUCACACUGCCAUAUCCGAUGAGCAUCACAAUCAAAUUUUCAUUCUUUCUUCAAAUCUACCUUAUCAUGUUAUUUUUAGGUUUGUUUAUAAACUUGCGUCACCUCUACAAGCAAAGGAAGCAGCACCUUGGAUCAAAAAAGAGAAAGAUGAAGUAAAGCAGGGACUACAGUGCUUCCCUGACUUAAAUCAACGACAGGAGCUUCGGGGUCUUACAAUUUUAUCUAUUAUAAUAAUGGAAAGGAUUUUCUACAGCUAAAUGAUCAUGUUAGAUUUCAUAGUGAGUCUUCAGAUAGCAUUCCCAUACACUGUAUUGAGUUCCUCUUCAGUCAUACAUGCAUGGCACUUAAUGUUGAACAAUGGCAAUAGUUAAACAUGUUUCCUAUCAGUUACCGUAUUAUAAAAGGUUUCAGAGUAGCAGCCGUGUUAGUCUGUAUUCGCAAUAAGAAAAGGAGUACUUGUGGCACCUUAGAGACUAACCAAUUUAUUUGAGCAUAAGCUUUCGUGAGCUACAGCUCACACUGAAUGCAUCCGAUGAAGUGAGCUGUAGCUCACGCUCAAAUAAAUUUUUUAGUCUCUUAAGGUGCCACAAGUCCUCCUUUUCUUAUUGCGUAUUAUAAAAAGAAAUCCUAUUCUUUGCAAAAACCUGAGCAGUUCUAACUGGGAAUAUAAUAGUUAUUCUUACUUGGAUAUUUGCUCUCUUUCAGAUAGUGAAUGCAGAUAGGGCUUGUGAUGCCGGGGUAUAAUAUUUCAGACCAUCCACCCCAUGCUAUGUGAAACCGACUAGGAAUGGCCUGAGGAACAGAGACCAAGAGCAGCAUGGAAAAUAUAUUUAUUAAUGGUCAGUGCUAGGUCUGCUUUUCUUCAGCAGGCUUUUGCUGAUACAUUUAAACCUGGGAGCAACUAGUGUCAGCAUUGGACACCACCAGCUUGUUCUUAACGUAUGUACAAUAGGAAGGCUUAAUCUCUCUCCCGCAUGGAAUAGAAACACGUAGUGGUGUCCCGCAGCCUCUGUCUGGCUACGUAUGUCCUAGCCAGUCAUUAGCGGGAGCUACCUACUCCUUCAAAUUUCCCUCACCAGUUGACAUAGCUGCUACUUCCCAUGGCCUCGUGGUCAAACUCUGCCCUUUCAGAUGGUGAGAAUUUAAAUGUUCAAACUCAGACACUAGAAAACCAGGCUGUGUAGGGUUGAGCUUCCAUUCCCUGCCAUUCUUCCCCCCAGUAGCACACAAAAAUUAGAGUUACACCAGGAAAUGCAGAGGUAAAGCAGGCCUCCCUUGAGAUGAUCCCGUAACGUUCCUUCUGCUACUAUAGGGAGGCCAGCCCCUUGUCCUCUCUGUUUUGGGAAUGGUGGUGUAAGUGCUCGGUUCAAACCCUGUUGAGAAGGCAGCAAGCACCUGUUUUCCUAUUCCUUCCAUAUUCCCCGAAUGCAGAGGACUGCAGCUAAGGAGUCUGCAAGCCAGGCUGGCAAUUUGCUUUUGGGGUGCAGUGUUGGGGGCCUAAUAAGUGAGGGACCGUUUUGGUAUUGUGUACCAGUGUCAGCAAAUGGGAGACAACUGAUAUGUUUCAGGUUUAUGCCUUAGGUGAAUUUUAAACAAUUAAAAUUACUUUUACAACAAAGAAACCCCCAUUGGUUAAAAAGGAGCCGUUUUGAAUAAAGGGUACCAUGAUUAAAAUGACCCCUGUGCUCCCAACCUGAUCUGCCAGGGUCUUAGCCCCCUCUGACCUUUUGCAUCUUCCCUGAAAUUAACUAAAGUGUGAUUUAAAUAAACUUAAUUGUAACCUUGACCACAGAGCAGCUAGUUGCACUGUUGACCCAGCUGAGUCUAGUAUUCUUUCCCCCAGCACCCACUGUAACCCUUGUGCAAGUUAAUUCCAGAGCGAUCACUAAAUUUUAAGAUCAAUUUAUUGCCAUCCCACUGAUUGUAUGGUUUUGUUCUAUGAAAGCAUUAACACCAGGAAAAAAACAACAAAAACACCCACUAUACAGGAAAGUAGGUACUUUUCGUUCUCCAUCCCUAACGCAUCAAACAUGUCGCUGUAUUUUCGAUGUGAAAUAUCUUUUCCCCCCAAAGAUUGUUAUUGUGAGGUUAACACUAGAACAUUUAGGUGGGGUUUUUGCAGAGAAGUGGUCCCAACCGCCACUGAAGGCAUUCUGCAAAAAGGCACCAUCCUAAGGAACUUUCACCACUAUUGAAGGGCAGGUCUUCCAGCACAGCUCACCGCUGUAGCACUUAAGUGAAGUCAUACCUAGGCCAACGGGUGAGCGUCUCCACAAGAGGUGGUAGCUGUGUUGACAGGAGAUGCUCUCUCACAGACAUAGCACUGUCUACACACUAACCCCGGUCAGUAUAACUGCAUGUCGCUCAGGGGUGUGAUUUCACCUCUGAGUGACGGUCGUAAUACCAAUAUAUGUCCGUAGUGUAGACCUGGCCUAAAAGUGUUAGAAGGAGCCUUUCUGUAUGAAAGGCUAAAAAAGGGCAUGGCCAGCUUCCUCAGGGUAGUUACACCAUAAUUUGUAUACUAUGUCACUUCUACAUACACAUCUAUUUGACAGUGAAUCAAGGGAGUGAAUAUCUUGGUGCCGACACUGAGAAUUUAACACCGCAUUCAUUCUUUUAAUUCCUUUAAAGGGCAUUUAAACGUUUAUGAAAUACAUGGUGGUGAGGGUACGGGGCAGGCACUGCAACCCAUAUUUAGUGUGAUUUGCCAUGGAUCUUCAACUACUGAGUUUGGUUGUCCUUCCAAAGGCAGCUGAAUGUGUAUUUCUAUUAAUAAAGAUUUACAAGCAAA